UGUAAACGAGCAUUAUAGGUUCAGCAGCCAGAAGAAAUAUUUGAGAAUGGGAUUAUUAAUUUUUGGUGAAUCACACUAUUAUUUGCCCGACGCAUAUCACAUAGGCGUUCUUUUCUUGCAAAACUAAAGUCCCUGCCUCGUGUUGAAGUUUACUUGCGAUGAUUGAUUAUUGGGUUUGUUAAUGCCCUAUGUUGAUUUGUGCUUCUGUUCUGAUGAGUUAUUAUGUUUGGUGGUAAUUGGUGGUAAUUAUUACAAUUGGUGCACAAGGUGCAAAUUUCGGUUAAGUUUAUUUUGAUAUUAUUAUUGAGUUAUGGCUGGCAAUUCUGGAAACACGGAUACCAGUCUCACUAAUCUGAAGUUGACCUCUGUUAAGCUCGAUGGGACCAAUUACCCUUCUUGGUCUAUGGCAGUCGAAACAUAUUUUUUAGCCACCAAACAGCUGAGUUAUCUGACUUCAUCUCCACCUACGGAUAAAACAAAGGAGGAUGAUUGGCGUUCUGGCGAUGCUGCUAUUCGAACAUUGUUGUGGAAUACCAUGGAUUCCAAGAUUAGUCCUCAGUUUAUGCAGUGUACAUCAGCCAAAGCUAUUUGGGACAAAUGUGCUCUUAUGUUUUCGGGUCGUGAUAAUAUAACCCGUGUUUGUGAUGUGUGGGAGGAGCUAUUUGACCUACGUAUUGGAGACAUGUCUGCAUCUGAUUACUAUUCUAGAUUCACCACCCUUUGUGAGAAAUUGGAUACUUAUUUGCCUACCACUGAUAACAUUAGAGAGUUGGCUAAGCGCCAACAGGAUAUGAGAGUUGUGUUAUUUCUCCGGGGGCUUGGUCCUACUCAUUCUUCUCUCCGACAACAGAUUAUCUCCCAGGGUACUCUUCCAUCAGUAGAUGAGGUCUUUUCUCGGGUCCUUCGAUGUGUGCCUGACUCAUUAUCAUCUGCACCUGUAGCAAGUGCUAUGGUCUCUCAGUCUUCUGGUGGCCGUGGAGGCCGAGGACGUGUUCCUCGGGGUCGUGGCAGGUCAAUCUUUUCUCUUGGUCGUGGCCGAGAUGGUGGUAGGGGUGCCGGAAGUUCUCGUUAUUGCAACCAUUGUCAGCGAGCUGGCCAUACUGAGUCUUAUUGCUAUACCCUACAUCCUGAGCUUCGUCCACGGGCUGCUUAUGCCGAAGCAGUAGAAUCUCCAGUACAUAAGGUUCCUGAUCAGUCACAGGAGUUACCUAGUACCAUUAUGCUGACUCGUGCCGAGUAUGAGUCCUUAGUGCGUCACAACCAGGUGGUGGAUUCCUCUACUCCUACUGCUACUUUGGCACAGACUUCUUCAGGUAGUCCGUCCUGUUUACUCUCUUCUGCGCCCACUUCCUGGGUCGUAGACUCUGGUGCCACAAAUCAUAUGACCGGAUCUGAGGACCGGACGGAUGAUUGGUGGCGGACAUGAGUCCAAUGGGCUGUACUACCUGAACAAAGACCUCAUUGCUGCGGCUGCUCAAAAGAAAACUGCUUCCGACUUAUUUCAGAUGCAUUGUCGUAUGGGUCAUCCACCACCUGACAUUCUUCGUCAUUUUUCACCUGUUUCAAAAUCUAUGAGUCCUAUCCAGUGUGAUGCAUGCCAAUUUGGCAAACACCAUCGGGUGUCGUUUCCUUCUCGUGUCCAGCGUCGUGUGUCUAGUCCUUUUGAGUUGGUCCAUACUGAUGUCUGGGGACCGUGUCGUGUCAGCGAUAUGUCUGGUUAUAAAUAUUUUGUUACAUUCGUGGAUGAUUAUUCCCGAAUGACAUGGUUAUAUUUAAUAAAAGAUCGAACUGAAGUUUUUUCA